AACAAAAAUUCAGCAAAGAAAAAAAAAAAAACACAAGUCAGAUCCCUAAAAAUCGAACCCGAACGCGUAAAAACUUGAAAACCGACUAUGGCCUUUCACGUAGCUUGUCCAAUUACAUGCCGGCAAAUUUGCUUCUGCGUGUUGGGGUUUCCUCGGAAUCUUCAUGGUAAACAAGUCAAGGAUGUGUUUCUCGAUGAGAUCCAUUCUCUACAAGACUUCUUGCGAGACCCCUGGGGUGAGGAGGUUUCUACGGACGGUACCGUUCAGAUCCAUGUGCCUAAGCUUGCAGUGUUUGAUACUGGUCCUCGCAUUGCGGCUAGAGAUGUUCGUCUUGGGAAUGAUUCCGCGGUUGAGGUUGUCUCUGCUUCUUCGAAUUCGGUAUCAGCCAAACGCACUGUUGUGUUGCAGAAGAAGGCAGUGGUGGAUUGUGCUGCAGCUAGUGAUGGUUUUGACGACUUAGAGGUUGCUGUCAAAGAGCUCAGUGGAGUUGAUGAUCAUGAUCAUCACAGUACAAGCAUAACGUGUCACAUGUGCUAUUUGGUUGAAGUUGGGAAGAGUGAGAAAGCCAAGAUGCUUUCUUGCAAAUGCUGUGGCAAGAAGUAUCACAGAAACUGCUUGAAGCCUUGGGCACAACAUAGAGAUUUGUUUAAUUGGAACUCUUGGGCUUGCCCCUCUUGCCGAAUCUGUGAGGGCUGCGGGACUGUGGGGGAUCCAAAGAAGUUCAUGUUCUGCAAAAGAUGCGACGCUGCAUAUCAUUGUGAUUGCCAACAACCUCGGCACAAGAAUGUUAGUUCUGGACCCUAUUUGUGUCCUAAGCACACCAAAUGUUACAGCUGUGGGUCAACAGUCCCUGGGAAUGGCCAGAGCUUACGGUGGUUUUUGGGGCAUACUUGUUGUGAUGCUUGUGGAAGGUUGUUCGGUAAGGGAAAUUAUUGUCCUGUAUGUUUGAAGGUUUACAGGGACUCAGAAUCAACACCAAUGGUGUGUUGUGACUUUUGCCAGCGUUGGGUUCAUUGCCACUGUGAUGGAAUCAGUGAUGAGAAAUACAUGGAGUUUCAAGUGGAUGGGCAUCUUCAAUACAAAUGUUCUACGUGUCGUGGGGAAUGCUACCAGGUCAAGGAUGUUGAUGAUGCUAUACAAGAAAUAUGGAAGCGAAAAGAUAUGGCUGAAAAAGAACUAAUUGCUAGCCUAAAAGCUAGUGCUGGGGUUGUUGGGAAAAGUGGUGGUGCCCCUCUUAUCAAUCAGCCUGGAUCUGUGGAAAGAAAAGUUUCUGCGAAGGCUAUGGUCAAUGGUGAAGAAGAGAAGCCACUGAGAGUUCUCAGGAUAAAAAGCAGCAGACCUCAAGAUUCAGAUAGUGAGAAAUUUGGAAAACACUCGACAGAGCUGAAGGCGAAAAAAUUGGUGAUAAGUAUAGGUCCUCGAAAGACGGGGGUUACAAACUCUAUGAGCAGCGAUGUAUCAAAGCUUUCCUCCAAAUCCAAUGGAAAGCAAGAAAAAUUGCAAUCAGAGGAAUUGUCGUCCCGAGAACAGCAUCGCAGCUUGUUAGGAAAGAAUAAUGACGAAAAGAGAGGGUCUAGAGGUGAAGUAGCCACUUUAAAGGCUGAGGGCAGAUUCAUAGGGAGACACUCAGAUGCCAGAGGAGAUUUAAAUAGUGGCUCUCAUGAUUCAUUGCAGAAAGAUUCAAGACCAUUGUUGAAACUGAAAAUAAAGAAACAUAAUCCCGAGAGCCAAGAAGGUGAGGCCCCUAGCAUUGUCGAUGAAAAAGGUAAAUCUGGUAAAGGACAUAGGUCUAAGAGGAAAAGAGCAUCACCUCCAGCUGAAAAGUCAGGGUUCAAUGAAGAUGAAGAUGUAUCCUUGUCACGCGAAGACAAUUUGUUAGACGAAAUGCUUGAUGCUAGUUGGAUUCUGAAGAAACUGGGGAAAGAUGCCAAAGGGAAAAAAGUUCAAAUACAUGAAGCCUCGGACGAUUCAUGGGAGAAGGGAGUGGUAAGUGAAGUAGGAGGAGGAGGCACAUCGAAGUUGAUGGUGACACUGGAGAAUGGAAAAGUGAAGACGGUUGAGCUCGGGAAGCAAGGGGUUCGAUUUAUUCCUCAGAAACAAAAGAGGACGAGAACGUAGUGCCAUCUAUUCUUGAGUAAUCACAUUAGAAAACAACAUGAGCUUCUCCUUCUUCUUUAUCUUCUAUACCUUUAGAAUCUGUAUGUAACUUCUUGAUUAGCUUCUUUUUUUUUUUUUUGCUUGGGAACAAGUUUUAAAGAGCAACUGCUGAGAGAAAAUAAGAGGUUUAAAAUUGUAAAAGAUUCGAUAAAAAGUUAGGAGGAUGAAUUCAAACUGAUUUGAGAUAACUUUAUGUAGUUUUUGUAAUUCA